UCUUUUAAACAAGGAAAUUACUAAGUUCUUCCGCAUCUCAAGUUUGAAAGGUCCGCCUUCCUAGACAAAGAACUGUACAGGCGCUGGCACCAUGACAGACACUCAACAGUUACUACGUGGCGUGCUUGUUGACCCAAAUGACCGUGACCCCGAUAAACAGUAUGAUUACGUAAAGGAAUAUGUAGAUUUUGAUGGCAUGUUUGCCGAGCCAGCAGAAAUGCAGUCUUGUGACAUCAUAUGGGCAUGUUCGAAACUAAUGUUUACUCGUGGGCUGCAAGCCUACGGUAACUACAGGUGUUUUUUCUGCUGUAUAUCGGCGUUUUGGGGAACAGCGUUUGCAAUUUCAUCUUAUUGUGAGAAUUUCUGGUACCGACCUACAAAGAGAUUUUGGGAGCUAAAGAAAAGGACACCCACGAUAACCAAAUCUUUCGGCUAUUGGGUAAGUUGUGCCAUAACUCUAUUGAGUGCUUGUUUCGAUUGCAGCGAUGGAAAUGAAGAGAAUACAAAGAAGAAAAGAGAUUCUGAGAUAAAAACUGUGUAAACAACAAAUUGUUCAAACCAUAAAUCAAUAGUCUAAAGUCUGAAAAAAGACAAAGUAGUGUUUAUGUGAAAUAUAUUGAUUGUGUAAUUGUAUUCCAUGGAUAAUUUGUUUUUGUUAAAAUCAAUGUGCUCGGUAACUGUACAGUCACAUAGCUGCACAUGCACACUAGCAAUUACGCAUGGGCAGAGAUUAAAUA